GCCUCAUUCGUGACGCAGAGAGUGAGAGGGAGUGAGAUCCAUCUGCGUGGACAACACGCACACCGCACUGUGGAGGGGAAGAUUAUUUCUGUCAAGGUAUUCGAAACCUGUCAUUGCACCAACUUUGCUUCAUAACCACUCAACGCGUGUAGGCGGAAUAUUAUAGACCGACUGUACUGUUAUGAACCUAUGACGCAGUUAGUGAACAGUAUUGAGAGUGAGAAAGAUAGGAGCAUGACUACAACGACAACAACAAACGGAUGUCCCUAUAUGGAAAGUCCCGCCCUCUCUCACGCAACGAAUCCUAAACCAAUGUAACUGAAAGUCCCGCCCUCUGUCUCGCAAAUAACGCUAAUCUGGGCUAUCCCGUUCCAGGCGUUCCCUCAUGCGAUGGGAACGCCUGGGAACGAGAUAAUAACGGUAGCGUGUAGCGUUAUGAAUGUUGCGCUGGCCCGCGGUGAGACGCACUCUUCUCGGAGUCUCCCGCCCCGGAGGAGGCGUGGUCGUCCCUAACAACGUCCGCACUGUAGCCACAGCGACGGCCGGUAAACUGGUGGAGGUCUUUGUGGACGGCAGCCCAGUCCUCGUGGAGCCCGGCACCACUGUUAUGCAGGCGUGCGAGAAGCUGGGAGUCCAGAUCCCACACUUCUGUUACCACGAGCGCCUCUCGGUGGCCGGGAACUGCCGGAUGUGUCUGGUGGAGAUCGAGAGGGUGCCCAAGCCGGUGGCAGCAUGUGCCAUGCCUGUGAUGAAGGGCUGGAACAUUCUCACUAACUCUGACAAAACCAGAAGGGCAAGAGAGGGAGUCAUGGAGUUCCUUCUGGCCAACCACCCGUUGGACUGUCCCAUCUGUGACCAGGCCGGGGAGUGUGACCUGCAGGACCAGUCCAUGCAGUUCGGCAGCGACCGCAGCCGCUUCACCGAGGGCAAACGAGCCGUGGAGGACAAGAACAUCGGGCCGCUGAUCAAGACGAUCAUGACGCGCUGCAUCCAGUGCACGCGCUGUGUGCGCUUCGCCAGCGAGGUCGCAGGGGUGGAGGACCUGGGCACCACCGGCCGGGGGAACGACCUCCAGAUCGGCACCUACGUGGAGCGGAUGUUCAUGUCCGAGCUGUCGGGGAACGUCAUCGACCUCUGCCCCGUGGGGGCCUUGACCUCCAAGCCCUACGCCUUCACCGCCCGGCCCUGGGAGACCAGAGCCACGGAGUCGAUCGACGUCCUGGACGCCGUGGGCAGCAACAUCGUGGUGAGCACCCGUGAAGGCGAGGUGAUGAGGGUGCUCCCUCGGCUGCACGACGACAUCAACGAGGAGUGGAUCUCCGACAAAACCAGGUUCGCCUACGACGGCCUGAAGCGCCAGAGGCUGACUCAGCCAAUGGUGAGGAGUGUGUCCGGGCAGCUGGUGGCUACGUCCUGGGAGGAUGUGCUGACGCGCGUGGCAGGAGCGCUGCAGGCGGCUGACGGCCGUGAGAUAGCAGCGGUGGUGGGGGGACUGGUGGACGCGGAGGCCCUGGUGGCCCUCAAGGACAUGCUGAACCGUCUGAACAGUGACGCCCUGUGCACCGAGGAGGUGUUCCCCACGGUCGGAGCCGGGUCUGACCUGCGCUCAAACUACCUGCUGAACACCGGGAUCGCUGGCAUAGAGGAGGCCGACCUGCUGCUGCUGGUGGGCACCAACCCGCGCUAUGAGGCCGCUCUGGUCAACGCACGCAUCAGGAAGAGUUGGCUCCAUAACGAGCUUCAAGUGGCCCUGGUUGGAAGAAAGGUGGAUCUCACCUACACCUACGAGCACCUCGGAGACUCUGCCAAGAUCCUUCUGGAAAUAGCAGCAGGAACGCACCCUUUCUCCGAGGCAUUGGCUGAAGCCAAGCGUCCGAUCGUCAUCGUUGGGAGCAGUGUGCUCCAGAGAGAGGACGGGGCAGCUGUGAUGGGGGCCGUAGCCUCCAUUUCCCAGAAUGCUCGGAACAACAGGGAAGUGGACGGAAGCUGGAAGGUUCUCAACGUGCUUCACAGGGUUGCGAGUCAAGUGGCUGCACUUGAUCUUGGGUAUAAGCCAGGGGUGGAGGCCAUUAGGAAGAACCCGCCCAAAGUUCUGUUCCUGCUCGGCGCCGAUGCCGGCUGUAUCACCCGACAAGACCUCGCCGAAGACAGCCUGAUCAUUUAUCAAGGUCACCAUGGCGACGCCGGUGCACCGAUGGCGGACAUUAUACUUCCCGGAGCGGCGUACACAGAGAAAUGUAGCACUUAUGUGAACACCGAGGGCCGCGCCCAGCAGACCCGGGUGGCGGUCACGGCUCCAGGAAUGGCCCGCGAGGACUGGACCAUCAUCAGGGCCGUCUCCGAGCUGGCCGGUGUGACUUUGCCGUAUGACACACUGGAUGAAGUACGGGACAGAUUGGAGGAAUGUGCCCCAAAUCUGGUGCGCUAUGACGAUAUUGAAGAGGCCAACUAUUUCCAGCAAGCCUACGAGCUGUUCAAGGGAGGGGACCAGACUGUCCUUGAUGAGCCCUUCAGCCCUCCUCUGCUUACUGUGAAGGACUUCUACAUGACCGAAUCAUGGAUUGCCUGUUUCAAUUAUAACAAUAGGUUGUUCUCGCUGCUCAACUGGAUUAAAGGAGAGUUUAAGCAGAGACCAGAUUUGACCCUGAUAGUUUGUGUUGUUUUCUUGUUGUCAAAUACUACGUAUUUGCACUGUGUACUGGGAACCAAAAUAAAACUGUUAGUUUUUACUCAUUACCAGCCAUUUUUUAUGCUAUACUAAAUCUGUUAUCACAUACAAAUUAUACAUUCUGUUAUCUUAAGAUGUUAAAAGGGUCUUAUAGUUUUAAGUACUUAUACAAGUCAGUGGUUUUGUAUAAGUUAUUAUACUAUCAUCAUCCA